CUUGCACAGGAUGAAACCUCAGGUCCCAGAACUUCAGCUAAGAGUAGAGUUUUGCCUACAGAUCCGUUGCCUCCAGAGCAUCUAAAGGAGCCACCUCAAGACUUCUAUUGUCCAGUUACAUACUGUCUAAUGCUCCGGCCUCACCUUACAUCAUGUUGUGGACAAAAUCUCUCAGAGGAAGCUGCAAAGAGAAUACAGGCAGAAGGAAAAGCAUGUCCCUUGUGUAGGGCAUCUACAUGGAGCAAAAAAAUUAAUAGGGAAAUGCAAAAAGAAGUGAAAUCACUCCAAACCUGUCCAAUGAAAGAUUCUCCACUAGUGACACGUUCAACUUGGUAAGUAUCAAAAACCAUAAAGAUCGAAGCCAAAAUACACUACCAU